GGUUACAAGACACAGGCAUUUCUUUCAUUUACCAAAUAUAGUGUAAUAUAUUUAAAGCAUAUUCAAAGAUGUUUUCAGGGGUAACUGGUCUCUUUGAUAGAGGCCAAAAGUUGAAGGGAACUGUGGUGUUGAUGCAAAAGAAUGCGUUGGACAUUGAUGCCCUAACUGCAACUAAUAACCCUACAGGUAUCAUUGGUGGUGCCAUAGGUAUUAUUGGUGAUGUAGCUGGCAAUAUAAUUGACACUGCCACUUCAUUCUUGGGCCGUUCUGUGGCUCUCAAGUUGAUUAGUGCUACGACUGCUGAUGGAACUGGAAAAGGAAAAGUGGGAAAGGAAACAUUUCUGGAAGGUCUUCUUACCUCCCUCCCAACAUUGGGGGACAAGCAAUCUGCUUUCAGUAUUCAUUUUCAAUGGGACAGUACCAUGGGAAUUCCAGGAGCUUUUUAUAUUGAUAACUAUAUGCAAGGUGAAUUCUUCCUUGUGAGUUUGACACUUGAAGAUGUUCCAAACCAUGGAACCAUCAACUUUGUUUGCAACUCAUGGAUUCACAAUUCUAAAAAGUACAAAACGGACCGCAUCUUCUUUGCCAACAAGACAUACCUUCCAAGUGCAACACCAGCUCCAUUAGUGUACUACAGACAAGAAGAAUUGAAGACUUUAAGAGGAGAUGGAACGGGAGAGCGCAAGGAAUGGGACAGAAUAUAUGAUUAUGAUGUCUACAAUGACUUGGGUGAUCCCGACCAGAAAGCUAGCUUGGCUCGUCCUGUUGCUGGAGGACCUGGAAACUUGCCUUACCCUCGAAGGGGAAGAACCGGCAGAAAACCAUCUAAAAAAGAUCCUAAGAGUGAGAGUCGAAGUGACGCUAUUUACGUUCCAAGAGAUGAAUCAUUUGGUCACUUGAAGUCAUCUGACUUUCUUGGUUAUGUACUCAAAUCAGCAACUCACAGAGUCAUACCUAAUUUGAGAUCUAAAGCUACAUUACAACUCAAUAACCCUGAGUUUAACACCUUUGAAGAUAUACGCUCUCUCUACGAUGGUGGAAUUAAGCUUCCUACUGAUGUACUAAGCCAGAUUAGCCCAAUACCAUUGUUCAAAGAACUUUUUCGAACUGAUGGUGAAGCUGUACUUAAGUUUCCACCACCGAAAGUGGUUCAAGUGGAUGACUCUGCAUGGAUGACUGAUGAGGAAUUCGCAAGGCAGAUGAUUGCUGGGGUGAAUCCUCAUAUCAUCAAAAAACUUCUGGAGUUUCCACCAAAGAGCAAGUUAGAUAGCAAACUAUAUGGUGAUAAUACCAGCACAAUAACCAUUGAUCACUUGGAGCCAAACAUGGGAGGGGUCACAGUAGAACAGGCUAUCCAAAACAAUAAAUUGUACAUACUUGAUCACCACGAUCUACUAAUUCCAUAUUUGAGGAGAAUAAAUGCAACUGAGACAAAGUCCUAUGCAACUAGAACCAUUCUUUUCUUGCAAAAUGAUGGAACUUUGAAGCCAUUGGCCAUUGAACUAAGUAGGCCACACCCUCAAGGUGAUAGUUUAGGUCCUGUUAGUAAUGUUUACUUGCCUGCAAGUGAAGGUGUUGAAGCUUCAAUUUGGCUCCUUGCCAAGGCUUAUGUCGUUGUAAAUGACUCAUGCUACCACCAACUUGUCAGCCAUUGGUUGAACACUCAUGCCGUUGUUGAGCCAUUCAUCAUAGCAACAAAUAGGCAUCUUAGUGUGGUUCACCCUAUUCAUAAACUUUUACUUCCACACUACCGUGACACAAUGAACAUAAAUUCCCUCGCACGAACUAUCUUGGUCAAUGCAGGGGGUGUUAUGGAAUUAACUUUCUUGUGGGGAGAUUAUGCUGUUGAAAUGUCUGCUGUUGUUUACAAGGAUUGGAAUUUCACCGAGCAAGGACUUCCUAAUGAUCUAAUCAAAAGAGGAGUGGCAGUUCAGGAUCCAGCUUCUCCACAUGGUGUUCGACUUCUGAUAGAGGACUAUCCUUAUGCUUCUGAUGGACUAGAGAUAUGGGCUGCUAUUAAGUCAUGGGUUGAUGAAUAUGUGAAUUUCUACUACAAGUCUGAUGCAGAUGUUGUGAAAGAUUCUGAACUCCAAGCAUUUUGGAAAGAACUUGUAGAGGUGGGUCAUGGUGACUUUAGGAAUGCAACAUGGUGGUUUAAGAUGCAAAACCGUACGGAGUUGAAAGAAGCUUGCACCAUUCUCAUAUGGAUUGCUUCAGCACUUCAUGCAGCUGUUAAUUUUGGACAAUAUGCGUAUGGAGGAUAUAUCCUUAACCGACCAACAAAAAGUAGAAGAUUCAUGCCUGAGAAAGGAUCCGUUGAGUAUGAUGAGCUUGCUAAGGACUACCAGAAGACUUAUUUGAGGACAAUCACCGCAAAGAAUGAUACCCUUACUAACUUGACCAUCUUAGAGGUCUUGUCAAGGCAUGCUUCUGAUGAACAAUACCUUGGAGAGAGAAUUGAAGGUGAUCUCUGGACUUCUGAUUCACAACCAAAACAGGCCUACAAGAAGUUUGGAAAGAAGUUGGCUGAAAUCGAGAAAAACCUCAUUCAAAGGAACAAUGAUGAGACACUGAGGAAUCGAAAUGGACCUGUGAAGAUGCCAUAUACACUGCUUUAUCCUACUAGUGAGGAAGGAUUGACUUCCAGAGGCAUUCCCAACAGUGUCUCCAUCUAAAAAAUGUCAUCGUCGUUGUUGUGUUGUUGCUUUAAAUAAUCGAUGAGAAGGAAUCCAAUUCCCUCACCUCCCUAUGUAUGGUCAUGUUGUGUUAUUAUGUAUGUUUGAUUGAUUUCUAUAAAAACUACUAUGUUUGUUGUGUGAUGGACUUACUAUAUCAAAUUCAAAUGCAAGCUUCAUAUUUUAA